GGAUGGUUUAGCAGAAGGCAGCAAUGUGCAGCAGUCACGCAGGUAGGAAGGGGGCUGCUGGCGCAGGAUGCAAGAUGAGAACCAGUCCAAAAGAAAAAUGCAUGGGGCUGUAUAGUGAGGCCGCGGAGUGAAUCCAUUGACUGAUGAAGGAAGACCUGAUGGAGCUGAAGCGUCAGUAACCUGCAAGUGGAGAGACGCUUGGGCGAGCAGCAGGGGGUGAAGGCUGUACCAGAGCAAUAGUCCAGUACCAGUGUGGGCCUGCACUGUUGAAAUGGCCCCUACAAUGCUGAGGACGGAGAGGGGUUAGAAAGGCAAAUGAAGCAACGACACAUUCUGUGUCUCAACAGCGAUUGUGCCCGCCCCCAGUCUCAUCUCUGCAUUGUUCAGUGGAGGUGCAAUUAAAGCGGUAAACAACACACUCAGCUGUGGGGAACUGAAUAAAUCACCGCCUUUCUUGGGAAUGGGCAGCCGCUGGGAAUCUAGAUUUGCUGAUGAACGUGUCCUACCCCGGAGUUCCUGCUCAGUUCAAGAGGAAAUGAACCCUUAGAACUGAAUUCUUGUUUAUUUCUCCUGAAGGACAACCCAUUCAUUUUGAGAAAGGAUCGAGAAUGGCCACAGGAGGUGAGAUGAAUGGCUCUGGGAAUUUACUGGACUUCCUGGGUGAAGCAGUCCCGGAGGUCGGAAUGUACGAGGACUUUCACACAAUCGACUGGCUAAGAGAAAAGUCCCGUGAUACUGAUAGACAUAGAAAGAUCACAAGCCGCAGUAAGGAGUCGCUAUGGGAACGUAUCAAGGGCUUGUUGGAUGCCUGGUCGGGAUGGGUAGUGAUGUUGCUGAUUGGACUCCUGGCAGGGACGUUGGCUGGGGUGAUCGAUCUGGCUGUCGACUGGAUGACAGACCUGAAGGAGGGGGUCUGUUUGGCCGGAUUCUGGUUCAGUCAUGAACAGUGCUGCUGGACAUCCAACGAGACAACCUUUGAGGAUAGGGACAAAUGUCCUCAGUGGAAAUCAUGGUCGGAGCUUUUGGCCGGCCAGCCAGAGGGUGCCAGUGCAUAUAUCCUGAACUACCUUAUAUACGUUCUUUGGGCUUUGAUCUUCGCAUUCCUGGGAGUGUCACUGGUCAAAAUGUUUGCACCCUAUGCAUGCGGCUCUGGAAUUCCUGAGAUCAAGACCAUCCUGAGUGGCUUCAUUAUCAGAGGCUAUCUGGGCAAAUGGACCUUACUGAUUAAAACAGUAACGCUGGUUUUGGCUGUAUCUUCGGGACUAAGCCUGGGGAAGGAAGGGCCUUUGGUUCAUGUAGCGUGUUGCUGUGGCAACCUGUUCUGCUGCUUGUUUUCCAAGUACAGUAAGAAUGAAGGGAAGAGGAGAGAGGUGCUGUCAGCUGCUGCUGCUGCCGGGGUCUCUGUUGCAUUCGGUGCUCCCAUCGGCGGCGUACUAUUCAGUUUGGAAGAGGUCAGUUACUACUUCCCGUUGAAGACCCUGUGGAGGUCAUUCUUUGCAGCUUUGGUGGCUGCUUUCACACUGCGCUCCAUCAACCCGUUUGGGAACAGCCGGCUGGUGCUGUUUUACGUGGAGUACCACACUCCCUGGUACAUGGCCGAGCUGGUGCCCUUCAUCCUGCUGGGGGUAUUCGGCGGCCUGUGGGGAACGCUGUUCAUCCGGGGCAACAUCGCCUGGUGCCGGAAGCGCAAGAACACGAGGCUGGGACGGUAUCCGGUGCUGGAGGUGAUCCUGGUGACCGCCAUCACGGCCAUCUUUGCCUUUCCGAAUCAGUACACCAGGCAGAGUACCAGUGAGCUCAUCUCGGAGCUCUUCAAUGACUGCGGCGCACUCGAAUCCUCACAGCUCUGUGACUACAUCAAUGACCCCAACAUGACUCGGCCGGUGGACGACAUCCCAGACAGGCCGGCCGGGCCUGGGGUCUACGCCGCCAUCUGGCAGCUAGCUCUCGCACUGGUCUUCAAAAUUGUCAUCACCAUAUUUACUUUUGGCAUGAAGAUCCCAUCGGGGCUGUUUAUUCCGAGCAUGGCUGUCGGGGCCAUAGCUGGCAGAAUGGUUGGUAUUGGUGUGGAGCAGAUGGCCUAUCACCACCAUGACUGGUUCAUCUUCAGGAGCUGGUGCAGGCCUGGUGCUGACUGUGUCACCCCAGGCCUCUAUGCUAUGGUCGGUGCUGCCGCAUGCCUUGGUGGAGUCACUCGAAUGACGGUGUCCCUGGUUGUGAUCAUGUUUGAGCUAACCGGUGGAUUGGAGUACAUUGUACCGUUAAUGGCUGCAGCAGUGACCAGCAAGUGGGUGGCAGAUGCCUUUGGGAAAGUGGGCAUCUACGAAGCACACAUCCACUUGAAUGGCUACCCUUUCUUGGAUUCAAAGGAUGAGUUCAGGCACCGGACCCUGGCCACUGACGUGAUGAGGCCCAGGCGGACUGAGCCCCCGCUCUCAGUGCUGACCCAAGGCAGCAUGACCGUGGAGGAUGUGGAGACCCUGAUUAAAGACACAGAUUACAAUGGCUUCCCUGUGGUCGUCACCAAGGAAUCGGAGCGGCUCAUUGGCUUUGUCCAAAGAAGGGAUCUCAUUCCUGCAAUCAAAAAUGCCAGAAAGGUACAAGAUGGAGUGGUCAGCAACUCCAUUGUGUAUUUCACUGAAGAUCCACCACCAUUACUUGGCAACAGCCCAUGCCCGCUCAAACUGCGGAGGAUUCUCAACCUGAGCCCCUUCACGGUAACGGACCACACGCCCAUGGAGACGGUGGUGGACAUAUUCCGUAAACUCGGCCUCCGACAGUGCCUGGUCACUCGCAGCGGACGUCUCCUGGGCAUCUUAACUAAAAAAGAUGUGCUAAGGCACAUGGCCCAAAUGGCCAAUCAGGACCCGGAAUCCAUCAUGUUCAAUUGACCACUCGUGUGCCCACUGUUGCUGCCUUGCCCAAUUCAGUUUUCGAAGCUAAAUGGCAGGACAAACUCUCAGGACAUGGUGGCUUCUCAGUGAAAGGAAUUUUGAUCACAGGAUCCACCAGAACUUCUCGCAAACACAAACUUGUUCAGAAGAGGACUGGACUAAGAGGUGGAGACUGCCUCAUGGCGACUUCACUGAGUUCUUUCAGAUGACUGGAGAAUGAGGAGCUAAAACUGCAGCUGUGUUGUUAAGUCUCAUGUUGUAUCUGAUGUUAAUGGCCAGCUUUGUCCCCGAACUGCGCUCACUAGGGGUACAACAGUAGAGAUUAAUCAAUGUAAUAGCAUGUCGAUAUUGGUCAGUGGUGUAGCAAACACUAGAUAAGAGCAACAAUACGAGGCAAAAAAAGGAAAUAGUCCUUAAAUCUGUUUGGAUUGAUGCUUAAUAUAGAAAAUGUCAGUAUUAAAAAUACUCACACAAUUUCCUCACUUAUCCAUCAAGUUUGAAGAAGUAUGAUGAGUGACAAUAAAUUGUGUUCACGUCAAUGUGUUAUGUAGAAUUCUACAGCCCAUGUGCUAAUGUUUAUAAUCCCCUUGGGCCUCUGCCUAUCCAAUUUCUUUUCAAACUAUGAGCACCUCCUUCUUUUCAUUUCCUCUCAUGCAUUUACCUUCCCCUUAAAUCCAUUGGUGUGAACACACUCUGCUCUAGCCUAAGCAACAACAGUUUAACUCAAUCAAACCAUGGUAUCCCUAUAGUGAAUCUGCAAUGUCCCCCUACUUCAAGGUCAGUAUAACUUUCUUGUGAUGGGCAGUGGGAGGAGGGCUGUGAGGUGCUCUGACCUGGGAACAGUAUUCUAAAGGGGAGCUAACCAGAGCUAUGUAGUUUCCAACCCUUAGUAUCUCAGUCCUCAUGAGCUAAAUGCUAUCAAGUUAUGUUUAGAAACACUUGACAGUUUUGGGAGGGAGGAGCUGCACUAUGCCAAUAGAAUUCCUUCCCGUGCCAAGUUUUAUAAUCCACUGCUUUAGACUCAGAACUCUAUAUGACUAGUGUGCACCUUGAGCAUUUGAUCUGUUGUGAGGCCCCACGUUCGAUAGGAAAGUUUUGCAGAAACACUGUUCCCAUCAUGUAAAGCUCUCCUAUAGUCGCUUUCAAAGGUAAAAUGAAGGCUUUGGAAUUAACACUGGAUGUGUUCAUAAUUUAGUUGCCAUAUGGGGAAAAUUGCUCGUGCCUACUUCAGGAGAUGUCUUGCUUUCAUGACUGUUGCAUUGUGCAACUUGCUUUUUUCAUUUGGACACCAUCAAAAUUGACUAACAAUUAUCCGUGGUUAACCCAAUGUGUCCUGUGAGUUUCACACUGAAGAUACAUGUAUUGAGGAAAUUGAAGCCUCGGUAUUGAACAAUGUCACAAUGACUGCUCACCUGACUUUUCCUACUGUCUUCUGUCUGACUUCCCAGCUGCAAUUCUCAUCCCAAACAAGUUGAAUCACUUCCAGCAGAGCCUUCCUCAUUGCUGUGACACGUCUGCAACCCUACCCCCCUUCGAGAUCCCUACAUCCCUCCAAUUCUUUGUUUUUGCACUCCACUCCACCAGCAAUGGCCAUGCCUUUGGCUGCUCACACCCCGGGUUCUGGAGCUUUCUCGUUUAACCACUGCUCCUCUCUACUUUUCCUGUCCUGUUAAGCCACCCCGUAAACCUACCUCUUUGACAACCCUUCUGGUCAUUGAUCCUGAUAUUGCCUUAGUCGGCUUGAUUUUUUUUUAGUCUGGUAGUGCUCCAACUGCACUAAGCGUGCUAUAUUAAUGCAAGUUGUUGUUGGGAUAGGUUGCAAUCAACAAUGGAACUUGCCAAUUUCAGGUGUAAUUGCAAUGUAAUUGACGGUUUGUGAAGCUGGAAAGCACUGAGUCUUUGAUGCGGUAUUUGGAAGCCCUCUGUCCACAGGGGGAUUCCCAUUUUGUAUUAAAAUGGGAGCUAUGGACUUUAACCAAUGGUUAAGCAGAACCGUUUCUUUUUAAAACCUUUAAGCACUGCAUCAAAUAAGAAUUAUUCUCAGUGUGUCAUCUGCAUUUGGUUCAGGGGAAAGCUGUAAAAUGACACAAUUGUUUGCAUGUUGAAAUGUGUUAAAUUAGUAAUGUUACUCAUGAUGUACUUCACCAGGAAAACUGAGCUGAACUUGCUGAUAGACAGCGAUUUGUGAACUACACUGUAUCGAUGUCAGUGUGUGAAUCCAGGGCAUUGUUCUUUCAAAUUCCAUUCUCCUGUGUCCAAUGAUCUAUUUUAAUAUGGGAUAAAAUUUCCACUGGAGUGUCAGGGAGAAAGGAUUCAGGACAAAUGUGCUGAGUAUUUACACCACAACGAGGUGGAGAUCUUGACAAGGUAACUUCCAAAACUCCAUUCUGGGGAGAGCUCAGAAAAUCAAGGGGUUAGCAAUGGCUCUAACCUGUUAGUAGCUGGCAACUCAAGACUUGAUUUCAACCCCCUUGGCUUUUCAGUACAUUUCAUUGUUAAAAACGUGCCAAGUCAUGCUUCAAAAUGAUUUAUUAACUAACUACGUUUCAGUAACUAGGUUCAACUAGCAUCAAUGGUAUUCUGUUUCAGAGGACAUGUUGGGAUUUUUGAGGAUGUGAACGAUUGAAUAUCAUUCCGUGCUGUUUAACUACCAGUGGAUAUUUUUGUUGCACUUGACAUGUCAAGGCCAGUGGGUUUUCAAAUGUUCCUGUAAACAUAGGGACGACAGAUAAAGCAAAAACGGAGAGUUUUUGAAAGCAUGAUGCCAUUUUGAGGUUAAAGGGAGAUGAAGCAAACCCAAUUGCAUGCCCUCAGAGAUGGCUGAGCCAGCCACUAAAUAUAGAGGCACUUAGGGAUGAGCAACUAUUACUGGUCUCAUCAAUGAUGUCCAUAAUCCAUGAAGAAAGAAAGGAAGGUUGAAGAUUUGUAGCUCGGGUGUCCAUUGUUGUGGUUCUGUUCGCCGAGCUGGAAGUUUUGCAC